AUGGUCAGACAUGUUUGCCACCGUCAUGCCGAUCUCGACUUUGUGGGUGACCUUGUUCGCCAAAUCAGAGGCGUCUAUUCGUGUUAUGAUUGCAAUGCGCGCGAGGCAGCCAUUGCUAAUUGUCUGCAACCCUUCUUGGGGAGGUUUCGAUCUCACCCGCAAUGUGCAACAAGCCUGUUGGUGAAACUGGGCAAUACCUCGCGUUUUGUGGUCGUAAAGGUGUUGGAGGUUUUGCGCAAAGGGAGUUUGCAGCAGAACGAGUUUCAUUCCUCAUCCGUGGUUGCCGCCUGUGGCAAGGAAGGUGACUGGGAAAAUGCGCUGGAGCAUCUUCAGUAUUGCCUCGCUUGCAGCAUUCAGCUCAACCCGGCUUGCUACAAUGCCGGAGUUUAUGCUUGCAGGAAGGACUGGAAACGGGCACUGUGCUUCCUAUCGUCAAUGUGUUCUCUCAGUCUUCGUUUGACCCGGACAAGCUGCAACUCACUAUUGCAUGCCUCGACAGUCACGACCGGAGCACCGUCAUCCGUUCGUCAGUGGGCCUUCGCAUUGUCAAAGCUGACCGGCUUUGCAACGAUGCAGAUCCGCGGCGACAGUUACACUUUGACGACGAUCGGGGCAGCUUGUGCUUUGAACGACGUUGGCCAGAAGCAGUGGCAGCAUGCCUGCUUGAUCCACAAGUUCGAUAAAGGACAAAGCAACAUCUUUUCCCACAACAGUCUGCUCUGUGCCUGUGAAAGAGCAAGUUGUUGGGAAAUAGUUGCGGGUAUGGUGAUGGAUUCGUCGGCUCCGCUUUCCACAGUGAUCAGCUUCAAUACGGCAACAGCGGCAAGCAGUGCAGCACGUGGAAACUGGCGUCAUGGACUUUGCAUGUUCGUGUCGAUAGCUACACUGCAGCUGAGCAGAAGCAUGUCAAGCUACAAUGCUCUUGCAGCUGGACUUCAGCGCAUGCUCUGCUGGCCACAAUCGUUGGCCUUCCUCUUGGACUCGAGCCGAAGCGCCGCUCUCCUGCCCGAUGCCGUGAGCAUGUUAAGUGCCGUCACCUCCUAUGAGCUUCACUGGACGAUGGCUGCUUCCUUGCUGGAUUCCACUUUUUCAGUGGGCACGUUCCAGAUCAACACUCUCAAUGCCAUGGUUGAUACUCUCCGAGAGGCCUCCGAGUGGAGAUUUGGAUUGAGCUUGCUGGGUGUCAUGGCUCAGGUUCGGGUAAUGCAGGACACAGUGACGUCGAACACACUGCUGGCCGUGCUGAGUGAGGCGGCUCGCUGGGAGCUUGCCUUCCAGUGUUUCCACAAGGAUCUGCUGGUACCGGAUGGCUUCAGUGCAACUGCUCUGGCAACUGGGCUCGCUGGUGCACGUCGAUGGCAAGAUGCGCUGGCCCUGAUGUUCAUGCUCGGGCGGCUGAGAGUCGCUUCCAACGAGCUCGGUGCCAGAAGUGCCACCAUCGCGGCGUGUGUCAGACAGUGGCACCUUGUUCUAGGCUUGCUGUCUUGCCAAUUGAAUGUCGUCACGUACAACGCUGCGCUCUCUGCCUGCGCUGCAGCAGCUGCAUGGCAAGCCACGAUAAGCUUGCUUGAGGUCAUGAGACUUUUGCGGCUAGUCGCUGACAUUAUUUCACACACCGCAGUCCUGGACUCAUGCGUAUCUCCGUCUCUCUGGAGAUCUGCACUGUGUCAGCGGAAGCUGAUUCAGACGAGCAGGCUUCGGCUCGACGGGCUGAGUCUCAGCGCUUGUGUCUCUGCCUGCGAGCUAUCGGGUCAACAAGGACUUACACCCUAA